AUGAAAUCAGGAGCAGAUAAAAACAAAAAGAAAGAAGAUGUACAGUUAAUGAAGGCAAGAGAACUGAAAGAAAAAAUAGAGUCUAUGAAAAACGAUUUAGCGGAAAAAACGAAACUUAUGAACAUUAUAAAAGAACAAAGAGAAAAUAAAAUCGAAAAUAUUAAACAGCUAGAAAUAAAAAACAAAGAGAACUACGAAAAUUUUGUAAAUGAAUAUGAACAGAUACUAAACCAAUAUAAAAAUAUAGAAAAAGAAAUUCAUGAUAUGUUAGAUGAUUUAAAAAUGUUGUCCGAGAAGUCGUACAUAGAGCUUAAAAAAGAAAAGGCAAGUAUCCUUAAGAAUAAAAAUAUUAUUGUGGAAGAAAAAAGAAAAAAACUUGAGGAACAAGUGGAAAAAAUUGAACUUGAAAUAAGCAAACAUUCAAAUAUGCUAAACGACUUGUUGAUUAACAUUAAAGAAAUAUUUAAAAAAACCCAUGUCCAAUACGAACAAGAAAAGGAUCUAAAGCCUCUAUUAAUUAGAUUGCAGAACAUUAGUAAAAAAAAUAAAAUAAAUUAG